AUGGCUGGGUCAGGUAGAGGAAGAGGACGUGCUGCAUUUACCUUCAACAUAGAGGCUAUUGGCUUUGCUAAAGGUGCAGCUCUACCUGAUGUCAUGUGUAAGCCUCCACCACCGUUUCCUAGUACAGACAAUAAGCCAGUGCCUCUGAAAACAGGAGAAGACGAAGAUUACAUGUUGGCCUUAAAACAAGAUCUUAGAGGAACUAUGAAAAAAAUGCCAUAUUUUUUGACAGUAGAAGAAGAUCAUGAAGCCAUUGAGAGGUACAGUAAAAAGUACCAGAACAGUGAAAAGGAGCAUGCAGCAUGGACCCCAGAUUGGAGAAGACUCCCAAGAGAGAUGAAGCCAAAGAAAAAGACCAAAAAAGCAGGUGCAAAACCAAAAAAGGCAAAAAGCUCUGAGCCUAAAAGUAAUCUGGAUGUGUUGAAAAAAAUUGAGGAGUUGGAAAAGAAGGCUGACGAUGAAGAAAAAUCUGAAGAUGAGAAAGAAAAAACAAAAGACAAAGAAGGUGAAGAUGAUGAAGAAGCAGAAGAACCAGAAGAAUAUGAUGAAGAGGAGCAUGAAGAGGAAAAUGACUACAUUUCUUCAUAUUUUGAAGAUGGAGAUGACUUUGGUGCUGGCAGUGACGACAAUAUGGAUGAAGCAACAUACUAG